CAGCGAAAUAGUAAAGUUCUUCUUUUUACGAACAAUAUGACGGACGGUGGAAACUUUACAACCAGCGACGGGUCCAAGGAAGAGCAGGCCCAUAACAAUCUGAUGAUGGUUAUAGCAACCCUAACUUGGCUGUUGCUAAGCUGCUUAACUCUCUUCAUUUACUGCUGCAAUUAUUGGCAAGUUUUGAGGCCGCUUUCCCGACGCAACCGUGAGGAAACCGAGUCACCCCACAGCACCCUGCUAACCGUGUAUGAUUAGCAGGGGAAAAAUGCUACAAAGAAAACCGUAACAAAGAAGCCCGAGGAAAUGGCGGAAAAGGGCCAACAGCAGCUGUUGGAGAUCAUCCUUGGCCGGGGCCUUGACACUGGCCAUAUUGCCCCUGUGUGCACCCAGCAGCAUCAGCAGCUUCCAUUUCCAUUUUCCAUUUCCGUUUUCGUUAAGUUAAUUCCACACGACAACAGAUAAACAAAAAAGCGAAAAAAAAG